UUAAUUCCUGCUUCACGUAUUAUUACAGACAGUUAGACUGCAAGCGUGAACCAAGCCUGCGACGCCAAUCAGCUGCGAAAGUGCCCUUAGUGGAUGGUGACAACGCGAGGGCUUGGCGUUAAAUUAUGCGGAUAAAUCACAGUUAGCUCUGAUAAUUCAAAGUCGGCGAUAGGGGAGAAAGGGCUGUUUCGGGGUCGGUCCCAUGGCAGAACAGCUCUAUCGUAAAUCGAGGAUACAGGGCGCCGUGCCGUCCAGCAAUGUGGAUGACUUGGUCUCCAAGAACGUGCUGGCGCAGCUGCGGCGAGACCCGCCCCCACGCCCGCUGCCGGCGGUGCACGACCCUGGGAAAGCCGGUGGAAGGCCUGCCGGCGGGGGCGGCGGGGGCUCAGGUGGGGGUGGACGCGGGGACCCAGUGGAGGCGUCUGACCUCAUCUCGUCCAUGGCUAAGCGCCUUGCUGCGCUGGAGCGGGAAAUGAAGGAGCGGCAGGUUGCGUUGCAGGCGGUGCAGGCGGACAACGCGGCGCUGAAGGGCAAGCUCAAGGUGGCUGAGGAGGAGAUCGCCAAGCGUGCGUUGGCGGCGCUGGAGCCGCCGCGCGACGACUCGCCGGCGGUGAUGCACCUGCGCUCAGAAAAUGCACGGCUGCGGGCGCAGCUCAAGUACGCAUGGAAACAGGUGGCGGAGAUGAAGGGCUUCCUGAACGACUAUGGCAUGGUCUGGGUGGGCGAGCCGGAGGCGGAGGCGGAGCUGGCAGCACACGGGUACGGCCCCACAGGUGCCGCCACAGGCGGGGCCGGAGCUGGGCCAUCCUCGGGAGGGGGGCAUCUACAGCCGCUGUCAGCUGAGCCGUCAGACGCGGGGGCGCCGCGGCGGCGCAGCCAUUCGGGGGCAAGUGCAGGGCCGCUGUCGGCAGGGGCGGGGGGCCCAACACCAGUGGGGCCUGGCGUAGGGAGAAUGCUUGGCGGCGGCAGCCGGAGCCACGGGCCUGGGCAAGCGGGCGGACUGUCCUCAGCGGCAGCAGCGGCACUCAGCCGCGCAGGCGGGGGUCAUGCAGCCGGUGAGGAGGCCGCGGCUGCCGGCCCCUCCUCCGCAUCCGCGGCCGCCGUACCUGCUGCGCCCGCCGCCGCGCUCGCCAAGCGCUCCUCCAGCUUCACAGGCAACUGGGCAGCCACAGCCCACGCCGGUCAUGCCGGCCAGCCCGCGCCGCUUGCUGGGCCAGGCCCGGGGCCGACCUCCUCCGCCAGCAGCAACUCACCCAAGGGGGCGCCGCCCGCCGGCGGCGGCGGCGCGGGCCCAGGGCCGUCGCGGCCGCCGCUGCCCGUCUCGCUGUCGGCCCUGCAGGGCAAAGUAGACGAGCUGAACGACCUAGCGGGCGACGGCUGCGGCCAGAUCGUCAAGGACGGCGCGGGGCAGCACGUGCUGGCCACGCGCGACCCCGUGAACCUGGUCAUCUACCGCGACGGCCUGCAGAUCCACGUGCUGCCCGCCAAGCCCUUCAACGACCCCGCCUCCGCCAACGUCAUCCGCGACAUCAUGGACGGCUACUUCCCCUACGUGCUGAAGCGCGACUUCCCUGACGGCGUGCCGCUGCGCGUGGUGGACCGCACGCACGACAGCAUCGACAGCAGCCCCAGCCGCCGGCCGGGGCCCAGCGGCGGCGCCGCCGGCGCAGGUGGCGGCGCCGCCCCGCGUGCCGGCGCCGGCGGAAACGUUCGCACAUGGGACGACAUUGACGUGGCGGGCGGGGCGGCAGGCGGGCCGACGCCGGAAUCCCGGGACAAGUUCCUCAGCCGGCUGCCGCAGGCGGUGAUCAAGAACGGCAAGGUGAUUGAAAUCCGGUCCGACAUCAGCAAGAUGAUGGGCGGGCCGGGAUCUGGAUCCGGGCACGAGGCCGGCAAGGGUGACGUGGCGCUGGUGUCCACUCCCGUGGACGCGCUGCUGUCCACGAUGCAACGCAACCACGUGGGGCCCUCGCUGCCGCCGCCCAGCCGCGACGGCUUGCCGCCAGCGACCGAGGUCACGACGCUGCAGGUCAAAAGCAUGGACGGCAAGCAGACCUUCAUCCUCAAGUUCCGAUACGAUGACACCAUCGGCGCACUGCGGACCGCGCUGAACGCGCACCACACGAAAUCUGGGCACGCGGGUAUGGCCUAUGAAAUUCGGUCCGCCUUCCCUGCCCGCGCCUACGCGGAUGAGGCUGAGACGCUGCGCGCAGCCGGACUCAUUCCGAAUGGGACGCUCUUCCUCCGUCCGGUGUGAGCGGGCUGGAUGGCUGUUUCGUGCCUGGUAGACGUACCGAACUGGCAGCGGAUGGUAGCUUAGGGAUUGAAGUCUCGUUUUGCGACCUGACAUGCGCAGGGGUUUUGCAACCUGACAUGCGCAUGUGUGGCACUGAGUCGACCUGUUUUAGAAAGCGCGGCAACGUUUCCGAAUUGCAAGUACUUAACUGCCUGUUUUUACCGUGCUUGUCGGCUUGGACUCCACAGCACCUGAGUGAUCUGACUUGUUGCUUUUGAGGCGCGCUGGCAUCACCCCUGAUCAACCUGUACACCUUCCAAUGCUAUUCAAGACCCGCGCAUGACCGUGCAAUACGGUACAC